AUGGCCUCCAUCAAUCCCGAUCACACUAUUGCCUACAAGCGGGUGGGAUCUCUUGAGAUUCCAAUGGAUAUCUAUCUACCCAAAGACAAGAAGAAUGCGCCGGUCCUGCUAUGGUUUCACGGAGGUGGAUUGCUACAAGGACGACGCGACCUGCUAGCCCCUCAUAUGCGGACCGGCGUUCAAACUUACGGCUUCGUGUGUAUCUCAGCCGACUAUCGCCUGGCACCACAGGUCAACGUCGGCGAAGUCUUCGAAGACGUCAAAGACUGCAUCCGAUUUAUUCGUGAGGAACUCUCCGGCGUCCUUGGAGAGGGUCUCGUGGAUGGAUCCCGCUUGGCCGUGUCAGGAAGCUCCGCGGGGGGCUUUCUUUCGCUUCUGGCCGGCCUCUACAUCGAGCCGAAACCGCAGGUCAUCAUACCUAUCUAUCCAAUCACCGACCCCCCUCGGGACCCUGCACCAAAAGGAAGGUACACGGCAUCCAAGGGAGAAAUGGCCCCUUAUCUCGAUACGCAGGCAGCGGUGGUCGCUAGCUCAGGAAAGCUCCCCGACGACCCCCGGUCCAACAUAUAUGUGUAUAUGCUACGGGCUGCGAACCUGGCUGAACUCUGGGGCAUUUCUGGGAAUGAAAAUGCUGCAGCUCCGUACCGUAUAUCACGUAGAAUUCACGAUUACGGUCUGCCUCCAGCGUAUAUUUUGCACGGAGACGCAGACAGCGCAGUGGGGGUGGAGCAGUCUGAUGAAGUCGCUGGUGCAAUGAUGGGAUGUGGACUGACAGUCCAAUACGAGCGCCCUCAUGGAGAGGACCACUUCCUGGACAAUGAAGACGGCUACGAGAACAAGGCUCUUUAUGAAUUCAUGCUGCGGUAUCUGUAA